AAUUAGCUUUUUUAAAUGUCAAAAUCACUAAUUAGGCUAAGCUUUCUAAAAAGCUGUUUUACCAAAUAAGUUUUUUUUAAGAUGAAAUAACACUUAUAUCCUCAUUUAAUUUAAAAAUUAUACCCCACAAUUAACUUAUUGGUCAUUUCGGUGUAUGGGGUUAUUAUCAAUUUUACUAAGAUAAAAAAAUUAAAUAAAAAAUUAAUAACCGGAUGAACGUAGACACGUAGUCCCCUCCCUCCUUCUCUCUCUCAGUUCUCCAUUGAAGCGCACUCUUCGUUCUCCAUUGAAGCGCCUUUUGAUACUUGUAUCCCCCAUUGAAGCAGCUUCUGAGGUGAAUUGUAGCUUUAGCUUGGUGAUAAUACUUCGUAUAUUGUAUCGACAUUUGGAAUUCCAUUCAAAGGAUCAUCCAACCUGAUUCUCUUUGUUAGUAAGUUUAGGAGUUGAAAAUAUAUACUAAAUGGAUAACUUUCGCGGAAAUCCUCCCCCACCUGGUGUGCAAUCUGCGCCAAAUUUUAUUUCUCCAACUUCAUCUGUACCACCAUCACAGCAUUUUGGCAAUGUUCCGAGGCCUCAUGACCAAUUCUUUCAACAUCAUAUGAAUCAUUCAUUUCCUGUACCUCCUUAUGCAACUCAACCUCCACAUGGCCAAGCCUUUCAUCCACAUGUUGGUCCACCACCUCAAUUUAGUGUCACUCCUUAUGCUCAGUUCCCUGCCCAAAUGCCUAAUAACUAUCAGUAUGGUAAUGGGUUACCCCAUCUGAUGCCAGCCUAUCAACCUCCGCAACAAUCAAUCCCCAAUAACUUCAAUGGAGCACCACACAACAUGAUUCAGCCACCUCAACCUGGAACAGGAACUUGUUUUGAUGCUGGUGCUAGUGAUGAACCAUUGCCUGUAAAUGUCGGAAGUUCAGAGAAUGUAGCACAGGGAGCUCCAGCCAGUGACCAUAAAGAGAAGGUGCAGGAUGAUAGAACCGAUUGUAUUCAAUCGGGAGCAGUCAUAUCUGAUCCGUCUAAUGUCCAUCCAAGUGGCUUAUCAAAUUCUCAAGUUGAAGCUUUGCAAGGAACUCCCUUAGUGGAUAGUGGGCAGAAACCUGUAGAUACAGAUAAAUAUGCUUCUGGAGAAGAUAAAGGACUGUAUCACCAAGCUGCUUUGCACUAUCCUCAACAACCCAAUGAUGAGAUUGAGACUGCUGCUCAGGCUGCUGUGUUACGUGAGCAAGAAAUUGCUACUCAAAGGAUUAUUGAAAGCCAGAGACAGGCCAGAGGAACUAGCACACUGCCUGAAGAUAAGAAAGACUUUUUAUCUGGACAGUGUGAUCCAAACGCUAUUAAGGAACAUUUACUGAAGUUUACAGCAGAUCAUCGAGCAGAAAUGGCUGAAAAGCGAGGAAAGCCCUCAGCUUCUGGGAAAGAUAAUCUGGAGAUUGGUAAUGGUUAUGGUGUGCCAGGUGGGGGUGCUUAUUCGAAUGCUGUACUACCAAAAACAUCAGGUUUUGGUGGUGGUGAAGUAAGCAAUAAAAAUGCUGAUUUAGCUGGAGAAUCACAUCAGAGCCAUGGGGCAAAAGAGUUACCGGAGUACCUUAAACAGAAGCUAAGAGCAAGAGGAAUUUUGAAAAAUGAGCGUGCUAAAGAUGAUUUUGCUACAAAUGAUUCUAACCUAGAGGCACAAUCAACUCAAUCGUCAGGUGGUAUCAGCCUUCUUCCUGGAUGGAUUGAAGCCAAGGACCCUGAAAGUGGUGCUUCAUUUUAUUACAACCAAAGUACUGGAAAGAGUCAAUGGGAAAGGCCAGUGGAAACAAAGACGAGUACUCAAAGCCCUUCAACUUCAACCACAACUUUGUCAGAAGACUGGGAAGAAGCACUUGACGAAACAUCUGGUCAAAAGUACUACUAUAAUAAGAAAACCCAAGUUUCGCAAUGGGAACAUCCUCAAAUGGUGCAGCAAGUUGCCGCAGUGCACAUGUCAGGUGGUACUUCAAGCAGGCUUAAUGAAAGCAUUUGGAUGGAGCAGUCUUCCAUGCCAGAGAAAUGCUCGAACUGUGGUGGUUGGGGGGUAGGACUUGUACAGGCCUGGGGUUACUGUAACCACUGCACAAGGACUCUGAACCUUCCUCAAUGCAAAAACUUAGGGCACAGUGGAACCAGGCAGCAGAGUACUAGUGACAUGGAUGGCAGACAAGAUUUAGAAAAAAGUGCUUCCAAUCAAAGGUCUGGUUCACGACCUCCAAUCAAUAAAGGAGGUGGAAGAUACAGUAAAAAAAGGACCUACACUGAGGAUGAUGAGUUGGAUCCUAUGGACCCAAGCUCUUAUUCUGAUGCUCCACGUGGAGGCUGGGUUGUAGGCCUCAAAGGGGUACAGCCACGGGCAGCAGAUACUACAGCGACGGGCCCUCUUUUCCAGCAGCGUCCAUACCCAUCUCCAGGAGCAGUAUUGCGGAAAAAUGCUGAAGUUGCUUCAAUAAAGAAGAAACCGGGAUCUAAUUACACACCGAUAUCUAAGAGAGGCGAUGGAAGUGACGGACUGGGUGAUGCUGACUAAGUCUCAAGAGUGAUGGAAGUGACGCACUGUGGUGGCAAAUGGUUAAUACCUGCCAGGUUGUGUCCAAGAAUUAGAGUCCAAAAUUGAAGAGCCUAGUCACUGCAUUUGUAACUUUAUUUUGUGCUUUUUGAGCUUAAAAGCAUUAGUAUCAAUGUCAAAUAUCUAUGUUAGUAAUGUUACAUAGCUAGAUACCUAGAUUACAAUUAAUCUCAUUCAACAGAAGGAUCAAAAAAACUUUUGCAGUUGCAAGAGAAGGCGAUAUGUAAUCCUCAUAUCGUAUUUUUGACUUGUGAACUUUAGUGUAAGAUUAUUUUUAUUCAGGGAAACAUUACAUGAUUCAAAAACAAAAA